AUGGUGACUUCCAGCAAUAGCAAUUAUGAUUAUAGCUAUUCCUCCAGCUCUUCUGACGAAGAUUCCAAAGCUUCUGCAGCCAAAUCGAAAGCUAAGACAAAUCAUGCUGAGGGGGAAAAUCCUAGCAUACCCCUGAAUGACCGGAGAGUCACUUAUGCUGAGCUUAUGAAGCGAAAAGCCAAGACUGAUGAAGCAGAGGAUCAGGAAACCGUGUGGUCUUUACCGGAGCGCAAGAUCAAGCCAGACCGGCGUACCAGGGAGCUCCAAAAGAUUACGAAACAAGUUGAAGCUGAACUUGAAGCAGAAGAAGACUCGGACGAUCCUUAUACCCAUACAGACUUCAUCAAUGACCCUGAUAGUGAUUCCAAUGAAGAGGAGGAUUCCGAGAAGGACGAUGAAGAUGAAGAUGACAACUCGGAUGAAUCUGACGACGAUAGUACUUCUUCUCGAAACGAACUUCAGUCGAAGCAUGAAAUAAAAGCGUCUACCUUGGAUAAUCAUAAGAAUCCUUCUUCUCACAAUUCGAGGCCCAAACGGACUGUUAGAGCCCCUGCCCGGUAUAGGUCGGCUCAUGCUGAGGCUGGAUUAUCUGUUGAUGUUCGUGUCGUUUUUGAUGAUAGAAGGAGGAGGAAUGGAAAUCCCGUGGUCGUGGUUGGGGUUGAAGAUAGCAGCAAUCGUGUCUGCGAAGACUCUGCAGAAUCCAUGGAGGCUGGAGACAGGGUUCAUACUCGAUGGCUUCGUCAUCGGCUCGAGAUAAUCAAGAUUCAUAAGGCGGCGGAGGCUGCUGAUGCAAUUUUUACGACUACUGCUUUACUGGAGGAGGAGAAGAUGCUCGCUUUGGAGUCGUCAAGGGUCGAGAAGGCGGUCCAGGAUUUGAAGACGAAAACCAAAAAUUUCCAGAAGAAACUUGACAGGGUUUUUUAUAGAUAUUAUCCAUUGCUGGAUGGUUUGCUCUGA